AAAAAUACAUCAUUUAAAAUGCCAAAUAUUUCAAAAUCCAACAAUUUUAAUUUAAAUCAACAUUUAAUAAUAACUUCUUUAUUAUUAAUUAACCUAACAAUAUUUAUAUCAGCAAAUUAUGACGAUAUUGAAAAUAAUUUAGCAGAAAUUAAGCAAUUAUGCCAACAAUUCCCUAAUUUGGCUGAAUGCCGAAUUUUAUCGCCGCCAGUGCAGAUGGAAAAACGUAAAUCAGCAUACAUGCGGCUUGGAAAACGGAAAAGUGCUUAUAUGAGAUUUGGAAAAAGAGGAGUAAACGAAGCUAAUCAAAUCCCCGAUUCUGAAUAUAUCAGCAUUGAUGGAUUAAUGGCAGAAAAUCAACCAAUGGAAAAAAGAAAGAGUGCUUAUAUGCGAUUUGGAAAGAGGAAAAGUGCUUACAUGAGACUUGGUUGA